GACGAUACCUUGUCAGAUUCACCAACGAAUUCUGUUCAGUGGCGUUGCUUGGUUUGUGAUUCAGCGGCUUAUGCUUGGUUGAGCAACAGUUGGGUUUGCAAUCAAUGUGGGUCAAACAAGUUUUAUCAGACGAAUAAUCCUGCAACACGUGAAACAGCUGAUGGUGUUUGGACAUACAUGCCAUAUGGUUCCCAUGUUCCUCCUCCACCUGACGGUCAUCAAGCGUCCACCUCUGCCAACCGUCGACGACGACGACGAAAGCAUGGAGACUCUGGACCUGGACCGGGCGGUGAUGCUUGGAGUGAGCGCGGCGAGGAAGAGACUCCAACGGAAGAUCCGUCUGUGAUCCCAUCAUGGCAUUCUGACCACCAUGGAUCAGUUGACCGAGUUGCAAGGACAUCACCAACGACUGUGACCAAUCAACGGCAUGCCCGCAAGAUCUCAUCAUCUGCUGAUGACGACUCCACCAUCAAGAAGUUGAAGGAAGUCUUGAACAAGGAUGACAAUGAUGAGCCUUGGGAUGACAGAAAAGGCCCCUCUAAGGGCAUCCGUUGGCGCGGCGGCACUGCACCGUCCCCGCCUCAGUGGAAAUAUGAUGCUACAGACUUGCGUGCAUACAAUAAGUUCUGCAAGAAGGUUGAAAUCUGGAUGCUACAGGUUGCACCUUACCUGAGCAAGCGUGAGGCAGCACUCAGCUUGUACAAUGCGUUGCAGGGCGAGGCUGAGCAAGAGCUUGAGCACACCCCUGUCAGUGAGAUUUACACUGACGAUGGUGUUCAGGUGAUUCUGCAAGCCUUGAAGGCACCAAUGGAGCAGAAGGCCAUCUAUCAGAAACGUCGCUACCUCAAUGACUUUGAGCACAUCCGACGAUACCAAGGAGAGACUAUGCGCUCCUUUGUGAAUCGGUUUCGCCGAGUGCAGCGCAGUUUGCGUUCAGUCGGCAUCAACAUUGAGGCAGCCUAUGACAAUGAGAGCAUGGGUUCACGACUCUUGGAUCGCAGUGGCUUGACACAUGAGCAGCAGCGUAUGAUUUUGGUUGCAACAUCACAGUCUUUGCUGUUUGAAUCUGUGGCUGAAGCACUGACAUUGCAGUUUCCAGAGUUUCGUGGCGCUCCUCCAAUUUCUGGUGGAAAAGAUGGUCAGGGAAAAGGCAAGAACAAGUCUAUGGGUAGCACUUCAUCAUCCAGUAUGCCAUCCUCAUCGACCUCCUCUACUGCCUCCUCUCGGCAGAGCUCUGUUUCGAGCGUGCGUGGAGCUCCAACACGUAGAGCCUUCGUUGCAGCUCACGAUGCUGGAGAUGAUCAACAAGAAGAUGAUGAGUUCCUCGACACCAUUGAGGAAGAAUUCGAAGAUGAUCAGAAUGAGCCCAAUGACGAUCAAGAUGAUUGUGAAGAAGAUGAUGGAUUUGAAGAUGACGGUGAAGGCGCGAAUGACCUUCAAGAGCUGGCAUCCGUCUUGACUGUGACGGCAAAGAAGUUGAACAACUUGACCCUUGGUCGAAAGUUCUUUACUGCAAAGCAGAAGGGCAACUCCAAGGGCAAAGGUGGCUCGACCAGACUGACUCCUGAGGAGUCCAAGAAGGUCACUCACUGCACUGCUUGUGGAGCUCGUGGACAUUGGUACAAAGACCAAGAAUGUCCGAUGAACAAGGGCAAAGGAUCCUCUUCGUCGCCAAAGCCGAUCGAGAAAAAGGGUCCGCAGCCAGCCUUCAAGAAGCCCCACAGUGUCAACUUCAUCCACCAUGAGCAUGGCGUUGUCGAUGUGUAUGACAACCCUUCCUACGGCCAGUCAUUUGACGUCAACAUGGUUUUGGUUCCAUCCCCUGGUAUCCCAUAUGUGGUCAAUGAAGUCAAGUUUGUUGGAUCAGAGACCUUUGCCGGCCUCAUUGUUUUGGACUCUGGAUGUCAAAGAACUUGCUGUGGCAAGGCACCUCCUCCAUGGUUGGUCUCAUGGCAGCGUGUGGUGAGCCGCCUCAAGAACCUCAUGAUGAUGGCGCUUCGCACCAUCUUGCAGUUGGUCAACCUCGGCAUCAUGCCUCGCUCAGCACUCCAGGUGUUUCCUCCGGAAAUCCAUGUGCGACCAUCGACAACAACAUGCGAGCAUCUUCAGUGCCGAAGGUACGGCAACCCACACGGUCGGUAUGCACAAUGCCUGACCUGCGAGACCAAGUGGAAGUGGAAUCCAACAGAGGAACUGUGGGUUCAACAUGGCCAGCGCGCGUCUUCCUCGCGCUCGCAACCAUUGCCUCCACCAUGUUCGGCAACCAUAGCCACUUCGUUGGGAGCACCCAAGUCCAAGUCCCGAGCCACGGCCAAGAUUCGUCCCCAACCAGAGCGGCGUUCUCCACCAACUAUAAGGCCAAGGCAGUCAGAGAGCUGGACAACCUUCGACCCUACGGUGAUGGCUUUGGACCAUUUGACGGAGGACCAGCACUACGAGGUGUGGCAGAUUGUCCAUCAGGACAGUCCCUUGGAUGGCCCUCACAACACCAUGGCGGAGCACAUCUUCCACAACGAGGAGACCUUCAGAGAGGCCAGAGAGGCCUUGGAAAGGACAGCCGACGAAGCUCGUUGGACCCGCCUGAUGGAGCUGGGCGUGUUGACCAAUCCGGACGACCCAAUCUACGACUGGGACAGCGUGGAGCCGGAGGUGUGGCUGAAUCGAAUCCGCAAAGCAGAUUUGUGGGAGCUGUUUGCAGGUGAAGCACAAUGUUCUUACUUGGCCAAUGAGUACUACAUGAAUGCUCUUCAACCAUGGGACUUAAUCUAUGGCCAAGACUUGAUGAAGCGUUCUUUGCAGACCGAAGCCCAUGCAGUCCUUCACAAGUUCAGACCAGCUUUGAUCUUGAUGGGCCUGGACUGCAGCCAUCGUCUGGAGGUCCAAGGCAAACCAAUACGAAAACCAUUCACCUUCCUGGGCAACCUUCCUGGCCUUGAGCAGGCCCUCCAGCGCACGAUGACCAAGGAAGAGCUGGACAUGUGCGUCCCCAUUCAAGGAUCUAUGACCAAACCUUCUCAGGCAUAUCCAGAAGAGCUUUGCAGAACCAUUCUAGCAGCGCUCUAUGAGGAACUACAUCGGCGACAACCACAUCGCUUUUGUGUAUGCCUCAGUUCUCCUUUUGAAGCUCUACCAGUGCAACAACCAACUGAGGAUCUCUCUCAAUGGGACCCUGUUGUUGACUAUGUGGAGAAGAGCUUCGAGAGAACUGCGAAAAGACCUUACAACAUCGACCCCAAGAGCGACAUGGGACAGACCAUCCAAGGUCUGUUUCGCAUCGAUGCCAUACGCAUCCAAGUUGUGUCAUCACCAACUACCAGAAGAAUCCCUAACAAUGUGGAUGAGUACUUCACCAGAGCCUCAUUCUUGUGCUUCAACGACGACACCAGAGCGGUGGAAGUGGAGGAUCUUGAUCAAGUCCGCUUUCCACGGCAACGUUUUGACAAACCUGUGAGACUUGCGGUGUUUGCCUAUGGACACCGAAGACCGCUGGACCUUGAAAGAGUAGAUCCAUCCAGCCAACCAUCUACUUCAACACCAACCGUGGUUCCCAACUUGCCCACGGACAUUGACUUCCCAGGCCUUACUUCUGGGAUCAGACAGGAGAUCAAGGCCUCAGUGGCGCGUUUGCACCUCAACAUGGGACAUCCAUCACGCGAGGAGCUUUGCAGACUCCUUGCCUAUGAGGGUCAUGUUCCAGAUGAAGUAUAUGAAUGCGCAAGAAAGCUCAGAUGCGCAACUUGCCAGCGUUUGAAACCUCCUCAAGCACCAAGACCAUCAACAACUCCGAAGUUAUUGAACGGCCAGUUCAAUGAUGAGGUCCAGGGUGACAUCUUCUACUGCAGAACCUUGGAUGCCACAACGUUUAUGGUUGUGGGCUUUGCUGACAAAGCCACCGGGUUUCAUCAAGCCCUCGUGCUUCCUGACAGGCACGCCAACACUGUGUUUGAAGCCUUUGAGCAACUUUGGCUUCGACCCUAUGGCAUCCCUUUGAAGGUCAUGACAGACCCUGACCCCUCCUUCCGUGGUCACUUCCAGGAGCGACUUCAGGCACUUGGAUGUUUACUGGAGUUUUGCCCUGCGGAGAGCCACUUUGUCAUUGGCAUGAUUGAGCGGAGAAACAGUUUGCUGAGAACCAUUUUGGAAAAGCUGAUAGACACCUUUGGCAUCAACCAGGUGGACCAGUGCUCAACUGCACUCGUGGCAGCCUGCCAUGCCAUCAACUCAGGAAUCCACACCCAUGGACGGUCAGCCUACCAGGACAAGGACAACCAAAAUCCCAGACCUGAUGCCAGGUCAACCUUGCGCCUUCUGGCGCUGGGCCCGCAGAGGCCAGAAGAAGCGGGGCACUUGGGUGAUUGCAAGAAGUUCAGCGACCAUCUCUUGAGGGAUGAGCAGGGUCCACCACCACCAGACAACCUGAUGGUCGAUGACGACACCAUUGACACCAAUGCCAACCUCGACAUCAAUGCCGAGCUGAACGAGAACACCAGUCUCACGAAGACGUUCCCGCACACCAACAAGCAGACGCCUAACACAGGCGUGAUCCACCGUGAUCCAACCCACGUCCACGCACAGCCGUGCUAUGGACCAGCCUCAAGGGUUUUUCAACAGGCCUAUUGGGCCACAAGCCAACGCCGUGAAGACCUGCGCAACGCCCCUGGUAAAUCACCUGAUGAAUCAGACACCACGGCAGAUGAAUCAGACGACGACAACAAUACAGCACAUGAGGGCCAGCAACAAGAGCCCGACGAACAACCAGCCCUUCACCAACAAGCAUUCGGCAAGCAGACAUACAACAAGCAGCUUGACAGACAAGAUGCCAAGAACAAACAGGCACUGCAGCAGAAGCUACACAGCAAGAUACAAAGCAUGAAGCAUCAAAGACAAACACAGAGAGCACAAGACAUGGCAAUUCACAAGCAAGGCCUCUCUCGGCAAGAACAGAAGGCACUGGAUCGUGAGAUUCCAUGGAGGACAAUCUUAGCAAUGCCUCCAGCCUACGUUGACAAGUUCUUGGCCGCGAUCUCCAAAGAGGCCAACUCAUGGCUUGAAUGGAACUCAGUAGAACCUCUUUCACCAGAAGAAGCUCAGAAGGUUCUGAAGGACCCCUUGCUUUCCAAAAGAAUUCUGCCGUCACGAGCGUGCUAUCGUGACAAAGCCUGCGGCAUUGGAGAAGUUCAGCCGAAGUGUCGCAUAGUGGCGCUUGGACACCUUGAUCCAGACCUAGCAACUUUGAACCGCAAUGCUGGAACUCCAAGCCGUUGCACUGAGCAGAUCAUGUAUGCCAUGCUUGUCGCAGGACAAAAUGCUGAUCGCACUAUGCCACUUUUUCUACGACCUCCUCAAGAUGGACUGAUCUCUAUGACGCAGCACUGGUCAGCUCCACUCUAUCGAGUUCGUGGCAACGUGUAUGGCUUAGCAGAUGCACCAGUCACUUGGAGCAAAGAAGUUUGCCGCCGACUGCAGAGCCUGGGCUUCACACAACAUGACUUCGACAGGCAGCUGUACCUUCUGCGAAAGGACGGCCAAAUCAUAGCUGCCAUCAUUGUUUAUGUUGAUGAUUUCCUUGGCAUAAGUAGGUCUGACCAUGACCUUAGUUCAGUUCAUGGUUUGUUCAAAUGGGGAGCUCUGAAUUACUUCCAAGAAAAUAAGCCAAUAACCUUCAAGGGAAAGGAACUGACCCUGAAGCGCAAUGAGCACCAGCGCUUCUAUCUGCACAUCACAUUGAAGAAGUUUCUGGAAGGCAUCGAGUUUGGCGCCAUUGCCAAAGGUCGAUUGCAAGGUUCGCCUGAGCUUUCAUUGGACGAGCGCAAGGAACUGAGAAGCAUUUGCGGAUGUUUGCAAUGGGCCGCAUCCCAGGCCCGACCUGAGAUUGCUGCGACGGUCAGCCUGUCUGGCCAUGGCGAAGAGGCAAAGAUCACAGACUUGAAACAGCUGCAUGCCACUCUCAAGUAUGUCAAAGAGACCCCGCAGUAUGGAAUCAACAUCAUGGAUGUACCAUUCACCCGUGAUUCUGUAGUGCUGGGAUAUAGUGACAGCAGCUGGGCGAAUGCGCGAAAGUCUGGCAGCCAGAUCGGAGUUUUGGUGGGCCUGACGACUCCAUCCGUCAAGACCACAAUGGCACCAUUUACUUUGCUGGAUUGGCGCUCAGCUCGUUCACCGCGAGUCUGCCGAUCAACUUUGGCUGCUGAGGCGACCGCUGCUGAUGAGUGCGCUGACCGCUUAGCCUAUGUGAAUUUGUUCAUAAGUGAACUGAUGUAUAACCAAGCAGCUCACCGAGUAGGUAGUAGGUUAGCCACCCUCCAAGCUGUAGAUGCCAAGUCGUUGUUUGAUGCAAUCAUGAGUGAGAACCCAUCACUCAAUGAUAAGCGAACCCUGGUGAGCAUCAGGGCAAUUCAGGAAACAAUUUCGAGUAAAGAAAUUCGAUGGGUCCCAACACGUUUUCAAUUUGGUGACGGCUUGACGAAGACAGAUGACAAGCUUCUGGAAGCUUUCAGGCGAUGGCUCAAUAUGCCACUUGCCGUUUUGACCGA